AUGAAGCAUCAACCUGAUUGUGAUUGUGGCCCGUGUGGGGGUCGUCCCUUGGUGAAGAUUCCGUCUGAUAAUCGAAUUGGUCUUCGAACAAGAUCUCGACCGACCACGGCCGAGCAAUACAAAGAACACGAGGAGAGACUGUGGAAUGAAAUCAAGGAAUUUCACUCUCUACCAAGCUUAGAGGGUGAAGAUACUAAAGCGAAUACUGAGCCAACGACCCGUGGUCAGGUACGGGACCUCCUUGUGGGAACCAUGCGCCACUAUGAGAAGAGAGGGCAGUGGUUCUCUCAGAAUGAAGUCAGAAUUGCAUUCCGGGCAUGGGAAAUUGUCAAAGAGCAGGGGAAAUUUCUUCCGACUUCUCUGUCCGAAUUUCUGUACGCUGCCCUUUCCCCCCAUAUAUCCGGUAGUCAGAGCCGUUUUUCCAAAAAGAAUCUAGCGAGGACUUUCAAUUCGAAGAAAGAGAAAUCCUCGGCGCUUCUUCAAGAUAUCGUCGAGAGACAGGGGUAUGUGAAUUGGUGCGCACUGGCCAUGCAAAAUCCCAACACCAUGGUUUUUCUGCGAACCUCGAUCGAGGCCCCUCUCAAGGACCCGGAAGAACCUACAAGACACCUGAUAAGUGAUGGGAGCACGGGCUCGGAAUGGGAUAUUCCAUACAAGGCUAUCGAAAAGGAGGUCCCAAAGAGUGGAGAAAUGAAAUCCAGCAGUGCAGGACAGAAUGAUCCCCCAUCUAUUCUAUCUUCUACUAAGCACCUUUCAGACCCUGAAAAGAGACAGCUGAUGCUUACUCUCCAGAAAAAUGAAAGAUGGAAAGUUAGAGACAUGUUUUACUCAGGCGGACAUGUUGCUGGCCAAGUACUACCAACUCAUUGGCCAGUCGCUUUAGCGACGAAUGAUGAGGGAUAUCGCUAUCUCUCAGAUCGCCGUUUGAACGAGCUUAUUCCCGACUGGAAACAGUUGAUAACUGGUAAAAAACGUUUCAAAAACGGUGGACGAGAGUGGCAAGAAGGUUGGAAAAGUUGGAGACAGAGUCAGGAGAAGAAAGUUCAAAUGCUACACAAUUCAUGGCCUGGUCCAUACGAUCUGAAAAAAGUCCAGAAGGAGGGCAUGGGCAGAGAAAGGAAGCAUUCCGACGUUCUUGCACAUCCAAAUACCAGAGCUACCGAUGAGAACAUCUUAGCUUCAGCGAAUGCUAAGAAGCAAGAUCAAAAUUUUUCGGCCGAAAGUGAUCAGCGAACUGUUGCUACCUCGGUGUCAGCCCCAGCAAUGUUAAAUGAGCUUGUUGUGAGCUUGCGGGUAUUAAUGGAGAAACAGGAGAAACAGGCGAAACAGGUCACUGAAAUCAGGAUGAAACUGGAUGAGCUGCUGAGCGAAGUGAGGAUGAUGAAGUCUUGA